AUGGAUGAUCUUCUUUGCGGUCACUGGUACGGAACAGUGGGCUGUUUACGUGGCGGGGGCCGCGCACUCUUCUUCAGUCUACUCUUUCUUCUUGCGUUUGUUCCAUCAACUGUUGGCGUCUCCUCUGCUUUCAAUUCAAGUUUGAUUGUCCAAUUGCUUCUCACUCUCUAUAUCAAUAUCCCGCUUCGACUAUGGCAGGUCAUUUUAAUUGGUGGUCCUGUCAGUCUCAUUCAUAUCACAUUGUCAUGCACCGUUUGUGGGAAGAUAAAUGCAAGACUUGUUUGCAUUUACGUCCUUCUUCACUGUUGUACGCAUAUGGUUGGAUUUGUGCAACAUAUUCUCUCACAGGUGCGUCGACGCUCCACGUUUAUGCGUCUGGGUCACAGUGCUUUGAUGCGCAAGGCCAUAGAGAAGGAGCAGCAACUCCAGAACGAGAUGAUUCAAUCUCUAAUGCCACAGGAGGUCGCUCGUGAAGUGAUGCAAGGUUCCUAUGACAGUGAAGAAGGCGAAGAUGAAGAUGAUAAUUCUACGGUGGGAGGAAAUGAUAGCAAUAGCAAUGAAUUUGACGAUGGGGAAUUUGCAAUGCAUGACCUGGGAAAGGAUAAGAAAUACAAGAAGACUGUGAAACAGAUCAGGAGCAAGAGACGCAAAAGUGAUAGUCUCUUUGAUGACUCAGAAGACUACAGUGGGGAUGAGGCAGAUCCUCUGAAGAACAUAGAGGGGGGUGGCUCUUCUCGACAUCGAGGACACAACAGUGAAAUGCGAAUGAUCUCCUCCUCCAGUCUGCCAGCACAUCGUCGUCCUUCUGCUGGACAUGCCGUCAAAUUUCGUAAAUUCCACGUCAAUCAAAUGGAGAAUGUUAGUAUCCUCUUCGCGGAUAUUGUUGGCUUCACCAAUAUGAGCUCUAAUAAAACUGCCUCCCAAUUGCUGCUUCUGCUAAACGACCUAUUUGGACGGUAA